UACUCCCUACUUUAUAUUACGUACAUAAAUUAAAUUUGCUGGGAAUCCAGAAGAAGAAACGCCGGAGUCCAAGAAAACAUUCAAUAAUUCAAUAAGUAUAAAUAAAGCAGCGAUCUUUCAUCUUUCCAUUGCUGAUCUCAAGCUCAUCAGCCAUGGCUUUCAGAACUACUGCAAGAGGGCCAAAUGCAUCUUCUGGCAUGGGUGUUGCUGAUCACAGCAGAAGUGCAUUCCUGGAGCUGCAGAGGAAGAAGAUGCAUCGAUACGUGAUUUUCAAGAUUGAUGAAAAGAAAAAGGAGGUGGUUGUGGAGAAAACUGGCGGCCCUGCUGAGAGCUAUGAUGAUUUUGCUGCCUCCUUGCCGGAGAAUGAUUGCAGAUAUGCAGUCUAUGACUUCGACUUUGUGACAUCUGAGAAUUGCCAAAAGAGCAAGAUAUUCUUCAUUGCAUGGUCUCCAUCAACCUCCCGAAUUCGUGCAAAAAUGCUCUAUGCUACCUCCAAAGACCGGUUCAAAAGAGACCUGGAUGGCUUCCAUUACGAAAUCCAAGCUACCGACCCUACAGAAAUGGACCUCGAGGUGAUCAGAGAUCGUGCAAGAUGAAGAACGAUGAAGAACUACAUAAAGCCUUACCAUCUUAUUCACCAUCAACACCCUUGUCAAGCAUUCUGCAGGCCAUUUCUGGCCCAGAAACUGUGAAUGCUGGUGGUUAUUAGUGUCUAGAAAUAAAGAAUUCAAAACUUGUUUUGAAGAACUUCUUGAUAUAUUUACUGAUACAGAUAACCUUGCUGAUA